AUGGACGCGUUUAACUUACUGUUCGCACCACAAUCCGAUGAUGGAAUAGAAAUUGACUAUCCAGACGAUUCAUCAGUUUCGGAAGAUGAGGGCGUCGUCUUUGAUGUACCAUCGGUCCAAGCAGUUCCGUUAACUAGUUCUUAUACUUAUCAUUCCCCAUUACCCUCAGCUUUGGCAGUCAACAGGGGAGAACCUUGUAUUUUAGGUGUAGACGAAGCUGGAAGAGGUCCCGUCCUUGGACCAAUGGUUUAUAGUAUUUGCUAUUGCCCACACUCCAAAUACGAACAAGUUUCUAAAUUGGGAUUCGUUGAUUCAAAGACUCUUAAAGAAAGCCAUCGAGAAUCCCAUUUUCGACUAAUUCAAUCACAUCAAGAGAAUAUCGCGUGGAGUGUGCGUGUAUUAUCACCUCAAGAUAUUUCAUGGAAUAUGCUAAAAAUGAAUAAGUAUAAUCUGAACGCUCAGGCACAUGAUACUACAAUCGAAUUGAUUCGGCAGGUGUUAGCUCAAGGGGUCAACGUGACUGAGAUAUAUAUUGAUACGGUAGGGCCUCCCGAGUCAUAUAAAGCAAAACUUUCAAACAUAUUUCCUGGAAUAGAUAUAAUAGUAGAAAAAAAAGCAGAUAGUAAGUAUCCCAUUGUGAGCGCUGCAAGCAUUUGCGCUAAGGUCACACGUGAUCAAAUCUUGAAGCAUUGGACAUUUGUUGAAAAAGAAUUAAAAUCAUCAAAAAUAUUUGGUUCUGGAUACCCUUCAGAAGCGCCUCAGGGAUCUAUAACUCGACUUUUUGAACAAGAAGAAAAGAAACAGGAAAAACCGCAAUCAAGACUGUUUAUGGAUAUGGGGUUAAAAUGCGUGUCAGAUUUUUAA